CAGUCAUUUUUGCUCCUUCACCGAUCUUCUUCCUCCUACCACACACUCCUUUGGCCGCCCACCCGUCCUUGAACCCCUCUCACCCACAGCCCCCGAUUCUUUUUUUUUUUUUCCUCGAAUUUUCCUCGAUCGUGUGCGCGCGCGGUGGGCCUCUGAGACACAAUUCACAUUCUCACUGAUGGGGCCAUCCUCAUUGUAGCGAACGCCUUUGAGUCCGCGAUUCACCCAUAUAUCACUUCGCCUUCCUCCCUCCUACCUACCUCCCCGACGAUCCGCACCGUCCCAGUAUGGGUGUUUCCCCGGCCGGCAAUCAUCAUCGACGGCGGAGCUCAGUGUUGGCCGCAGGUUCCCAUUCGGCGGCUUUUGACCCACGGGACGACAUUGCAAGGGUGACCGGAGACGGAGUCGCUUCGAAAAGAGAGGAGAAGAAGUCCUCACCGGCUGAGGACGCAGACGAGUCGGAUCUGUCCUCCAUUGCGGAAAACAGCGAAAUGGAUUACACGAGCUCGGACGAAGAUAUCCACGAUGACGAGGAGACCGGCCUGACUGCGAGGCAGAGACGUCAGCGACGUCGCAGAAGACAGCAGCGCAGGCAGUUGGAUGCCCGCAUAGCCGAUGUCAAGGCCUCGAAGCAGGAGUGGCUGCCACUGGGAAUGGGCGAUCAGGACAUCCUCCAAAGGCUUCUAGUCAAUGGCGGCUUGAUUCUCAUGUGGUACUUUUUCUCGCUCUCGAUUUCAAUUUAUAACAAAUGGAUGUUUUCCGACAACAACGUCGUGUUUCCUUUCCCUCUUUUCACCACCAGUCUGCAUAUGGCUGUGCAGUUCACACUCUCUUCUCUUUUGCUUUACUUGAUACCAUCGUUGCGCCCGCAGCACCCUCAUACCUCCACGCCGUCCGGGUCGCCCGUCCGAGAUCAUGAUAACUCGGAGAAAGGGCCGAUCCUCACCAAAUUCUUCUACUUUACUCGUCUGGUUCCCUGCGGUGCAGCAACCUCCCUCGACAUUGGUCUUGGAAAUAUGUCCUUGAAGUUCAUCUCCCUCACUUUUCUCACUAUGUGCAAAUCAUCCGCCCUCGCCUUUGUUCUUCUGUUUGCCUUCCUCUUCCGCCUCGAGACUCCCUCAGUUAGAUUGAUAAUCAUUAUCGCCACAAUGACUGUAGGUGUCGUCAUGAUGGUCGCUGGCGAGACCGCUUUCAAUGUAGUCGGGUUCGUCCUGGUCAUUGCAUCCGCGUUCUUCUCGGGUUUCCGAUGGGGUCUGACCCAGAUCCUCCUUCUCCGCCAUCCCGCGACGGCCAAUCCCUUUUCCACCCUCUUUUUCUUGACCCCCGUCAUGUUUGUGUCUCUCAUCAUCAUUGCGCUGGCCGUGGAGGGACCCUCCGAGAUCGCUGCGGGAUUCCAUGCGUUGGCCGAGGCUCGCGGUAGCCUGUUUGGAGUGGGCCUUCUGAUCUUUCCCGGCCUCCUCGCUUUCUGUAUGAUUUCAUCCGAAUUCGCGCUCCUCAAGCGCUCCUCGGUGGUAACCUUGAGCAUCUGCGGUAUCUUCAAGGAAGUGGUCACCAUCAGCGCAGCGGGGGUGAUUUUCCACGACCAGCUCACCCUCAUCAACAUCACGGGCUUGUUUGUGACCAUUGCGAGCAUUGGUACCUAUAACUACAUGAAGAUCGCCAAGAUGCGUGCGGAAGCUCGGAAGGGAUCUUGGACGCGCAGCCCGAACCUUGACUCCGAGGCCGACGACUCGGAUCCCACGGGCGAGCGCGGUGAAUAUCAGCGGAUCCGCCACCCCGAGGCAGGCCUGCGAUACUCGCCGGACGACCUGGACGACGAUGAGAAUGUCAACAUCACGCCGGCCGAUCACCUGAACCCCGGCCGCCGCUCCUUCCGCGUCCGUGCCAGCGGCGCCAGCAGCAAUGUGCAUGGGCUGAGCAUCAACACCUCGAACCUCAGCGACCACGAUCGGUCGCUUUCCCCGCGGGUCGCCGGUCCCUCGCCGUUGAAAUCGGCACCUCCGGUCAUCACGUCGCUUGAGGCGGAGCUUCACAAGUCGGAUCGGCGGCAGAGCUUCGGGGGCGCUGUGCAACCAUCCCCGGAUAGGCUCUCCCAUGGGGAGGGGCGAUCCGCCCACUGAAGACCAACCCUGGCGGCUGAGUUCUUUUUUUCGCAUGAUUUUGGGAACCGCUGGUCUGGUUCAGCUCACGGCUCCGCUGUUCCACGAAACACUUUUGACAGCACACUGUCCACGCGGGAUUCGAUGUGAAGGCCCUUGGGGUCAGCGUCUUGCGACGGUCCCUUAGCAUCUGGAAUCCACCCAUGUGAAUUUUCUUUUUCUCGUUUGAU